AUGGAUCCUUUGAAACUGUCGCCAGACCACGACUACGUGGCCAGUCACCACGAACAGUCUUGGAGCCAAGUGGUGGGUCUAAUCAAUCCCCUUAUUAAGAGUGUUGUUGUUGACAUCUUUGGUGCCGAUCUGGACUACGAGAUCACCGUUCCAUUGAACCCGGUCGGAGAGACUAUCAGAGCCUUUGUGCAACGACUGGGUGACAAAUUGGAGCUAGAUUUCCCCGAUUCGCCCCCAUUCACCAUCUAUCAUCUCACAAACACUCUUCUUCUCCAAACACCCGGUCUCGAGCCCACCCGCGGUCUGAAACACCAAUUGCACGAGUACAAGGUCACCAUAUACAACACUGUUUCGAACGAGGAAACCGUGAUCGAUUCCGACAACAACUACUUCCAAUCGGGCAGAGCCAUCGCUGAGACACACGAGAACGAGGUGAGUGCUAUAAAGUAUCUACGGGCCCUUGAAAGAAGCGUUUUUGUGCAAACUUCUGUUUCCGAGGUGAACAGACAUCUCGAAUCGUACGGGUCGACCAACACCGUCGGGUCGCAGGAGGAGGAAUCGCAAGACGACGCGGGGUCUAUCCAGAUGGUCAAGAUCAACUGGCCAGAGGAAACACAAAUCAGCACAGACGCUUCGCCAAAACGGGCGGCAACCGUCGUGGACAACGAGAGAAUUAUCAAGAGAACGAAAAACGAAACUACGGUUGAAUCGCCCAAUCAGGAUCAAACUGACCAGCCCGUUGCAACCCCACAAGAAUCGUCUGGGGAGAUCUGA